UAGCAUUAUUCAUUUCUCCUUCUCCAUCUUUCUUCUAUGAAAUCCAUUACACCAGAGAAUUUAAACGAACUUAAUUUCAUCACUAGAACUAAUUUUACUCACUGAAAAAGACAGAUAUACAAAUCGUGCUAUAGUAUACUACUGGAAUUAUAUAUAGUAUAAUUCAAGAAGGGGAUUUAAUGAAUGAAAAUAAAGCAGAAACUGGUUUCUGGAAUUGGGUUUGGGCGGUUAUUUGUUUGAAUUGUAGGAAUGAAUGAUCGGAAAAAACGGAGUAGUUUUGUGCCGUGGAGCUUGUUUUUCCGGUGUACCCUUCUUCUCAUCUUCUCCGGUUUCACUUUAUCAACUGUCCGGCUGUUCUUCAGAGAUGGGUUUCAUCCAAGAUUAGUGUCGACGUGGUGGACGUCGCCGAUGAAAGUGAUCGCCGGCGUGUCACCUUCAACUCCGACCAUCUCAAUUCAAGAAACCGUUAUUUUUCCAGACCAGGCUUUGGUUUUCCUAAAAUACCCUUCAUCCACUCUCUUAUUUUCCAAAGAUGACAUAGACUGUAUAUACCUGCUCCCAAACUCAACUAAGCCCCAGCUAAAGCUCUCUCCGGUAUCAAUCGACUGUCAAUAUUCCAAUCACCAGACUGUACGGUGCCCGCGUCAGCCAAGUGGUACGACCGUGUCGUUAGCGGUUAAAUCCAACGUUAACCUCCUGCAUGGGUCCACCACGCUUAGGUGGGAUUCAUUGGCUUAUGAAGCUAUAAUUGAUCGUGAUAAUACCACUGUUGUUUUUGUUAAGGGGCUUAAUCUACGGUCUGGAAGAGUUUCUGAUCCCUCUAAAUUCGAAUGCAUGUACGGCUGGGAUUUGAGGAGACCAAAAUUUGUUUUAUGGUCCGAGGUUGCAUCAGUUGCUCAGGAAAUUGUGAGAUGCAAAACCCCUUUGAGCAUAUUGAAUAGCCCACAAAGAUUUAAUACUGCAAUUAAGGUUUCAGUUAGGGUGGUUGGUAGACAGACUCUCAAGUCUGUUGCUCAACUGAAAGUCCGAUUAUCGAUCCCUAUGCCCUCGUCCCGGAAACAGCACGAGAUGUGCAUAUGUACGAUGUUGAGGAAUCAAGCUAGGUUUCUGCCUGAAUGGAUCAUGUAUCAUUCUCGAAUAGGGGUCCAACGUUGGUUUAUAUACGAUAACAGCAGUGAUGAUGAUAUCGAAGAUGUGGUCGAGUCAUUAGUGGGUGCAAAUUAUAAUGUUACUCGGCAUGUGUGGCCUUGGAUCAAGACUCAAGAGGCAGGGUUCUCGCAUUGUGCACUACGUGCUGGGAAUUCAUGCGAGUGGAUUGGAUUCAUUGAUGUUGAUGAGUUCUUUCACUUGCCUUCAGGAUUGUCAUUAUACGAUGUUGUUAGGAAUCAGUCUAGGCCUAGUGAGGUAGCUGAAUUACGAGUAUCGUGCCAUAGUUUUGGCCCCUCGGGCCUUAAAAAUGUUCCUGUGAAAGGAGUGACUGUUGGAUACACAUGCCGGUUGGCUGGCUGGGAGAGGCACAAGAGUGUAAUGAGACCUGAGGCUCUGAAUUCUUCUUUGAUCAAUGUGGUGCACCACUUUCACUUGCAGGCUGGGUUUCGGUAUGCCAAUAUAGAUCGAAAUGUGCUGGUGAUAAAUCACUACAAGUACCAAGUGUGGGAAGUUUUCAAAGAGAAAUUCUAUAGGAGGGUGGCUUCCUAUGUGUCCGACUGGCAGCAAGAACAAAAUUUUAAUUCCAAGGAUCGAACACCGGGUUUAGGAACAAAAGCUGUGGAACCGGCCGAUUGGUCGACCAGAUUUUGCGAGGUUGAGGACUUGGGCUUAAGGGAUCGUGUGUUGAAGACAUUCAUUGACCCGAAAACCGGUCGAUUGCCUUGGCAGGAUCUGCCUAAUGUGAAGAAGAGAUAGAACUGUGCUGCUAUGAAUUUGGCUGAGUUCGUUUGUCUUUUUGGGUUUUUCUGUACUUCCACUAGUGACUAGUCAUAUACUGUAAUUGUAUAUAAGUAGAACUAUACCUAUUACAUAUAUUUAAUAAAGGGAAAUGCUAUGUGUAUACCAUGAGGUGUACAUAAUGCAUUACACCCCUCUCACAUGGAGGGG